AUGGAAGAGAGUGAGCUGAUGGCUUAUCGAGGUAGGAAUCUUGGUGAUGAGUUACUGGUAAUAAUUUGAUGUAAAUUGUUAUCUGAGUUCAUCAAUUUAAUUUAGGUCCAACUUGGUCGGAGAGAAAGCAGCAUAAACCAUAAUCGAUGGAACACGACUUAACUUGCCACAGGCUUCCAUCAAUUACCCCUCCCCCUCUCCAUUGCAAGAACUAGCACUUUCACUCUAGUAUGGUGGACAUUUUUAUGAAAACUGACCCCCCAACAUCAAUUAUCUGGUUUUUUUUAUUAGGUAUUAUUUUCCCUAUUAUUACUUUUAUCAUCAUUAUUAUUAUUGUAAUUAAUAUAAUUAUUUUGUCAGAGGCAAUUUCUAGUACCCUGGCUGAUACGUACCAACGGUUGUACGAGUUACCCGACCCCAAACUACCAGUGAAAUAUCCACGGACUCCAGGUUACAGACCAUCACCAGAAGACAACCCUUACAAUGCUUGGUAAGUAAAAUGUCAGAGAAACUUAUUAAUUCAGUGGAAACCCUAAUUUAUGACAAAGACCCCACUAUGAUAUACUAUUAGCGUUGGCACUUAGCUUUUCAAUCAAACUCUGUUACGACGAGUAUUUACUGACAAAUUCACAUUGUUGAUUCUAAAUUUAUGAAUUUGAAUCUGGACUUUCCAAGGUUAUUAAGUGAAGAAAUAAUCCUCGCAACUGAACUGCAAUAGAAGAAAUUGCAUAGAAAAGAAGUCUUACAAGAUUCAGGCCCCAACAGGAUUGGAACAUGUCCUUCCCCUCCCAGAUACUAGACGGGUGCACUAUUGCUGAGCUACAUCUUUAAAGCGAAGCAGUUAUUUGGUGAGAUGGCUUCAUAAAUUGCUUUGCUUCGCUCCAAACAUGUGGCUUCGUGGCUCUGUUUACUUGAGCUGUUUUUCAAUCGCAGGUGGAAAUAUAAUUAAUUUGAUUUUGAGGUACUGACGAUGUAACAUGAAAGGAGCGUCUAGUGACAAACUUCACGGCAAAACUAUGGCGAUCGCUUCCAACAAGUGCCAUCGUUGCUCUGUUCACUAGACGUCUUUAUCUUCCGCAUGUAGUAAAUAACUAAUUUCAUUUUCAGGUAUUGGCGAUGUGACAUUAAGGGAGCAUCAAGUGGUAAACUUCGCGGCAAAACUGUGGCUAUCAAGGACAACACAUGUGUGGCAGGAGUACCUAUGAUGAAUGGUUCUCGUACCCUGGAAGGAUUUGUCCCGGAUGUGGAUGCUACUGUAGUGUCUCGGAUAUUGGAUGCUGGUGGACACAUAGUGGGGAAAAGUGUUUGCGAAGAUUUGUGUUGUAGCGGAGGUAGUUUUACUGCUGCCACUGGUCCGGUGGUUAAUCCACACAAUAAGACGAGAAUGUGUGGAGGGUCAUCAUCUGGUUCUGCAGCUUUGGUGAGUAAAAAAGUAAUAGGAAAAUAGGAAAACCAAGAAGCAAGAAAAAUAAUUUCUCCUCUUCUUCAACAAAAUCUUAUUAUCGCAAACAAAUGAUCUCCAAACUGUCCAUCACACUGCUUUCACUCAAAAAAUCACAUAGCCUUCAUGCCUACGUUCGAGAGACGGAUCAGAGGCCUUGCUUUAUGUCCAUUUAUUUUCGACUCAGACUUGUUCCGUUCCGAGCACACAUUAUCUCUCAAUAAGAAUCGUCUUUUAUUCCUACACAAAACUUCGUUUCAAAUGUGGCUGCUUUGUGCAGCCACGUUUCUUGAUUACGCUCUUGUCUUCUCGUCGUUUUUAAGGUGGCUGGAGGUCAAGUUGACAUGGCAACCGGUGGAGACCAAGGAGGUUCCAUAAGGAUCCCCGCUGCGUGUUGCGGCAUUGUGGGUCUGAAACCCACAUACGGAUUAGUUCCAUAUACGGGCAUUAUGCCGAUAGAGUUUACUUUGGAUCAUACUGGACCAAUGGCCAGGACUGUGUAUGAUACGGCUCUGAUGUUGGAGGUAGGACAACAAGUUACGACAAAUUGUUAGAAUUCCCGCAAAUAUCUAAUCUGCGACUUCCCAAUAAAAGUAAUCGGUGUCUAACGGCAUAAGAAUCUUGAAUUAUCGCGCACUUUUUGUUUUUGCUCCACCUGAUUUCUUGGUUCAGCAGGAGACUAUCAGAUCAAUAAUGAUAAGUGGGUGUCGUUAUUUGUCAACAGUUUGAAAAUAUUUCGAAAACAGCGCGAAAUUCAUUUAUGUAAACGGUAUAUUAAUUGUCUGGUUGCUACCUGUGCAUUAUUUUAGAGAUCACUUCUAUUGGGUUUUUAAAUGUGGAUUUAAUCGUUAAUAAUGAAUAAUGACUCUUCAACUUUAAAAUAGGCUAUGGCUGGAUAUGACGGAGGACUGGACCCUAGACAGCCACGAGAUCUCAAAGUGCCUGAGUAUACUUUGGGGGUGGGUCUGCUUUUGAAUUUCAUUGGCGAUGAAUCAUUCAUAAGAAAUAAUAUCUUAAAUGAACGUUCUAUGUCUCUCCCCAGAUAAGACUGUGUCAAUUAAUUCACAUUUUCUUGCUAAAUUAGCUUUUGUUCAGUUUUACAAGGAAGAUUUUUAAUGGAGAAAGACUAGGGGUUAUACAGAAUUAAACCUAACUUUAUAGACGACAAAUGGUAAAGGGGAAGUUUCCGAACAAACUAAUGCUGUGUCGAUGUUGAAUAUCACAAGAUAACUUUGAGUUGAUAAUGUGAAUUAGCCGACGUAGAGCGAUUCUAAAGCUGAAUUUUUGAGCGUUAGCCCUUCGUCAUUCGCUCUAACGAAGAGCUAACACUUGAAACUUCAGCUUUAGUAUUGCCUUGGGAUGGUCAAUUUGCAUUAUCAACUAAGUUGAUAAAACAAAAGUGAGUCUCUAGACAGUGGUUGCUGAGAAUCUAAGAGCCUCGUGGUUGUGGGACAUGCUUCAGUUAUGAUGAGAGGUCGGAUACACACCGUGGUCAACGGUUGACAGCGAAAGAAUAUCUUGACUUAUGCCAUGCUGUAAGCCAGGGGGGACACCCCGACUUUUAAAACUGUUAAUGGUGGAAACGGGAGGGGUUGAUCGAAAUUGAAUUGAAUCUAAUGCCAGUACUGGUUUGUUUUUGAAAUCCAAAUAUUAUACUUCGGUAGUAAUUUUUUGUUUGUAAAGCAAUGCAAUUUUUUGUCAGCUCACAGGAAAAAUACACAACUUGAAAAUAGGAAUCUUGAAAGAAGGCUUUGGAUUGAAGACCUCCGAAGCGGAUGUUGAUAAGACGGUUAGAGAGGCCGCUGAACAGUUGGGUACUGCAGGCGGCGCAACUGUCGAAGAAGUGUCUGUCCCGAUGCAUUCUGACGGUAACUGAACAUUAUGGGAAUGCUAAAAAACGCACCAUAGGAAAGGAGAGGAGUAUAGAGUUUCUCAUCAUUGCGUCCUACUUGAAAUAAAUGUUUAGAAACACUGUCAAACGUACUUAACUAAUCGGUUCACAACUUCAUUUGAGAGUGAAAAUAAGAAUUGUUUGAUGUGCGUUUCGGAUUUAUUUAAACGUAGAUUAGACCUUUUAGAGAAGACCUAUAAUUGUGUUGUGAAAGUUUGUCUUAGCACCACGUUAACUCGUCGAAUGUCAUAAUUUGUUUUUGAUUUGUCUCUCUUUUUGUUUUGUUUUUUUUAAAGUAUAAUUUGUUUUUUUUCCCUUUGGCUUCACGUUUCGACAGGUGUUCGAAUCUAUGGGGCCAUCGGACAUAUUGGAGGUGAUCGAAUGAUGUUUGAAGGAGCUGCUGAGAAGUCAUAAUUGAUUUCACAGAAAGUUCGAAGGAAUCCCCUUCAAAUAAAGGGGUGGUUGGCGUUUUGGUAAACAUUUGUUCUGAACAAUCCCGAAUCAAGAAUAACAGUAGCUAGAUGAGGAUUUUCCCUUAAACUCUACGCAAACAUUUUAAAUUGUAUACAAUGCUCUUAUAAUUGCGGCCAAGCCUUGGUGUUCGGCGAUGGUAAACAGUAGAGGUUACUUCAACCUUGCGUCCAUCCAAUGGCAUGUCGAGUAACUUGGAGCUAAAUUAUGUACGUCGUUAGACUAUGAUAACAUGUUAUGUCGUGUCAAGUUAGUAACAUGUGAUUGAUGUGAUGUCAUUGCAUGUCAUGUCACCUUAGGUCACUUUACGUCAUACCAUAUAGUUUCGAGUCACGCAACCCUAAGUCAAGUCAUUUAUUAUCAUUAAGGAAUGUUGUACAUGAAAAUGAUUUGUUUUAAAGGGGCUGGAACUGCGGCAAGGAUGUAUUACGACACCACUCUGCAGGAAGCCUUCUCACGAGGCCUAAAAUGCCACUCGAAUGACCUGUCAAAGAGAGGCAAACUCACUCGGCUGAUCGCUAAGUAUUUGCGCGAGGAUUACCACGGUAUCUUUUACGGAAAAGCACAGAACCUCGGUCGAGAACUUUGCAAGGCGUAUGAUGCGGCACUUGAAAAAUACGAUGUGUUGAUUCUGCCCACCAUCCCCAAGAAGGCAUUAGUUUUCCCGCAGGAAAACGCUCCUCUAAAAGGUCUAAUUUUGGCAUUUGAAUGUAUCAUUCUUUUGAUGAUGAAUUUGUAAAAAGUAAGACCUUGAAAGGGAAAAGAAAUAAGGAUAACCCCAUGAAAAUAGGGAGAAGACUCGCGAGAAAAAGUUAGAAUCUAUUGUUGGGAAAUAAGUUCACAUUAAAUAACCAUCAAUACUAAGACACCUAUGGCCAUUUAUUUUGUAGAAUAUUUGGCAAGGGCUUCUGGGAGUGCUCCAAACACGUCACCAACUAAUGUCACGGGUCACCCAGCUCUAUCCAUUAACGUCGGCUUCAGUGAUGGCUUACCAGUUGGUAUGAUGAUUGUAGGGAGAAAGUUUGACGAGAUCACCGUUCUGAAUGUCGCCUACGCUUACGAGAAGAUCAGAGAUGCGGAAAAAUAAGAUUACAAGAUGUCUAUAAAUAGACUCAGAACUACAAGAUUUUUUUCACUCUUGAGAAUUCUUGACUGACAUUGUUGCACCAAAAUCUUGUUCGGUAAUCUCUUAUAGUUCAUUUCAGUUGGAAGAUAAUACGACUUCAGAAUCAGUUUGGAGGGACAAAUUCUAUGAAAUAUAUUUAAUUUACUUUUUACUAGAGAGAAGUUCUAAAGUUCCUAGAAUUUUUGAAUAUAUCAGCAGUGCGCAAAAAGGUAAAAUAUUUCUGCUAAGAUUGGUGCUAAUAUACUUAUUUUAACACCAGUGAAUUUUUCGAUUCAUUUUGCGUUACGUCAUCCAGGGGUUCUGAAAGGAGAUUGAUAUCAAUGGUUUGUUUGAGGAGUAGCUCAAGUGCAUCAAGAAAUGUCUUGAAGACUGGGGGAAAAAAUAGUCACAUAUUAAGAGGUCAAAAAAGAGCUGAAAAAGGCUUUCCAGAAAACUAUUUUUGCCCAAAACUACCUCUAAAUGAUAUUAAGCCAAUGUUAGUCAAAGUGCGGAAAAGUGCUAAAAAUGCAAACCAGAGCUCUAAUAAAAAUGCUCAAAAGGUGCUCGACUUCAUCAGAAAUGGCUUUAGCAAGCAAAAUAAAGUAGGUACAUUUCGCUGAUGCCUCACACUCUAUUUAUUCUUUUAAGAUACACCUGUUUUCUCUAAUAGCAGUUACACCGGUAAACCUUAAGGAUCUAAAAUGUGCUCAUCUACAGAACGUUAGCAGGAUUUUUUAGGCAUCACAAGAUCCAGAUGAUACGCGCCAUUACCGG